GUGAAUUUCUGGAGAAUUCCAUGCUGAGACUAUUUUCUCGUGAAUUGGUGACCCUGGAUCAGAGUUAACAUUAUCCGUUUUGCCGCCGAUUUCAUAUUGGGUGAUGUUUGUGAGCUUUGUGAGUACUUUCGUUAUCUUUCGUUAUGACUGAGAAGCAGAGUGCUCGUAUUAGCUCCUUACGCAAGCGAAAAAUUUUCUAUUACACUGAAAGCUGUGGGCCUGAUUCAAGUUUUGAAUAUGAAGAACCUGUCAGGAUUAACAAUGCAAACAACCCUAGAUCAGCUGAUGAAUUUUCAUUGCCUAUUGAAGAAGAUGGGGCUAAGCUCAGUAAAUAUGAAUCCGAAAGGCAGAAAAACAUUGAAGAACGUAAGAGACUUUUCCGCGAACUCAAAAUUGGAGAUGCAAAAGAAGAGCUGCUGGCAGUAGCAGUCAGGAAGAAGAUGCCACAGAAGAAAUCACCAUGGAAGAAAAGUUACAAGCCUGUUCUUCCAUCUCGUCCUAAGUCCUUGAGGCUUCAGCACAAAAGCCCAUCUGGGGAUCCACUGCCAGCAAGAAAUGAACCUGUUGCUACUGCAAAGUCUGCAGUUGAUGCUGUAAUUUCAAGGAAACCAUCAGGGCCUCUUCCCAUGGAAUCAGCAGUAGGAAACAAAUGCGAACAAGAAAUAUUGAAGAAAUUUAUGGAAUGCUGUAAAGCAGACUUUUCACCACAGAUGAAAUUGACUUGUGAACUAGCAGAUUUCAGGAGGGAACUCUGUAAGCUGACCCUUCAGGCAGAUACAAUUUGUAAAGUGGUUCCUCAUCGAAUUUGCUCCAUGGCUGUGCAUCCAGCAGAGAAUAAUCUGCUUCUGGCUGUUGGAGAUAAGUGGGGUAACCUUGGUUUGUGGGAUGUGCUUUCUGACAGUGGACAUGAGAGUAUUCAACUCUUUCAGCCCCAUGUGGGACCUGUCAACUGUACCAGUUUCUGUACCUACAGGGCAACCAAAAUCUAUACCACUAGCCAUGAUGGAACUGUGAGAUGUGGAGACUUGAAUAAACUUGUGUUUUGUGAGGUUUAUGCCAGUGAUGAUAAACUGUUAAGAAAUCACACUACAUGGCACUGCCAGAUGGGAGAAAGCAGUAUCAUGAUUGCUCAUGGUAAUGGUAAACUUGCCUUCGUGGACUCAAGGGCUAAGAAGCAGCUACAGGGCUGGUAUACUUGCCAUGAACGGUCAGUUAGAACUGUUCAGGUUCAUCCCCUUAAACAGCAAUACUUCAUAACCUCAUCAGCAUUAUGUGAAGUGAAGGUUUGGGAUCAACGAUAUCUGAAUAAGAAGUCUCCAGAUCCUGUUUGUAAUUUGGUGCACCCAAAGGGCCUCACAAGUGCCUUUUUCUCCCCGGCUGGAAAAUAUGUAGUGACAACAUGCAAUGAUGAUCGUUUGAGAGUCUAUGAUGUCACAAACAUGAUUACAACACGACCAAAUGUGAUUGCUGGUAUAAAACAUAACACACACACUGGUCAAUGGCUGACAACAUUCAAAGCAACAUGGCACCCUCAGCGAGAUGAUGUUUUUGUUGUUGGCAGCAUGGAACAGCCCAGAGGUAUCCUUCUGUACAGUUGUAAAGGUGAACGUUUACACAAGCUGAUGGAUGAAAAUCUGGCUUCUGUUUGUUCAGUAUGUGCAUUCCAUCCAACUCAAGAAAUUGUAUUUGGUGGCAAUAGUUCUGGAAGAGUGCAUGUCUUUAUGUGAUGAGACUGUUCUUCAAACAUAUGGUAAGGCAUGUGUGCAACACACAGAAUUGUCAGAUGUCACCAGUUCCUACUUGUAGGAUCAAAUGCAGAAGAUACAUUGGGAUGAAAAGUUGUCUUUAUAAGAUUGUGUUUUCAUUUGAAAAUUUGUUCAUUGCUGCAUGGGAUUGUUUUAUGCUUAUAUGUGAACUCAAUUUGAUUCAUAGUUAACUCAUUUCUUGUGCUUAUGAUGAAUGUGUAAAUCAUUACCACUAUUCUCUUGGUUGAGUGAACUUAACUCUUCCAAAAUAUCUUUGUCUCUGCAGAGUGAUCAUUAAAUAUGGGAUGAUUCACUCAGAGGAGGCCAUAAUUUAAUAAUUAUGAAUGAUACAAUAUUUUACUGUUGAAAACAAAGUACAGUGCAUUCUCUUUUAUUCAGAUUUGAAGUAAUGCAAUAUAAAAGUCUCACAUUAUGCACAAAGUUUGAAUUAAUGCAAAUUUCUACCUAUGAUAAAACUUCUCUUGAAUUAUGCCGUGUCUUCAAGAACGUGUCCCUAGCAUAAAAUAUGACUGCAUUGUACAAAUCUUGGUAGAUAUGGAGAUAUAUGAGUAACAGGAGAUGCUGAAAUUGGAUUACCUCAACCUGGAGACACAGGAUGACGCAGUGCUCAUGUCUGUAUAUAUUGUCAUCCCGUGCUCCCAGAGGCGGCGUCCCUCUUUGCUGCUGCUGCGGGAGGAUGCUGGAUGUAGCUGAGCAGAAGCAUCUUUCUUGGAUCUUUGUGGGCGCCGUCAGAGUAAAAGCUCACGACAAUGCUUCAGCCAAGUUGGGUAUAUGUAGAUUUAUUUAACUCAAACAGAUUACGCUGGGUACAAGAUGAUGUGUAGGCCGGGCCAGAGCACAGUUGAGAAUUUUCUAAGUUCCCUUCUGAGAGCAGACUGACAUGAAGACUGCCCUCUAGUGGAUUCGUGAAAGAUGUCCCCCUGGCUGUCAUCCACACUGGGUUUAAAAAGACCCACAUACAAAGGAGGGUGAUACUGUGUCCUCUCUCCCGUGCAUCCGUUCCAUGACCUGAAUAUCUAGUUACAAAAUAUAAAUUCUAUCUUAGCUCUAGUGAAAGCUGGACGGUGUGGGAUGCAUUCGCCGAAUUUAAGGUUCGUUUCCCAAAUCUUUAAUGUAAGAAGUAUUUAGAUGUCACUACACCCCCGUGAAAUACAGUCACACAGGUGUGCCAUCCAUGAGACUGCUGGAUACACAAGUUAUCAAUAUAAUGUGACAACCCAAAAGGGAAGCCUUAGAGAUAUCUACUCAAUGCCAUGCUAACAAACUACAAUACAAUACUCUACCGAAUACAAUGGUACAGAUAGGUUACAUAUAAGGAUUUCAGUGAUGCAGAAAUGCAGAGGUUAGGUAUAGGGAUUUCACAAAAUAAGGAGUCUUGGUUCCUGUAGCUAUACAGGAUGCUGCAAUUUUAUUCCAAUGCAAGACAUGUGGAAUCACAGACUGAAAGAAAUGACAUGAAUUAGGCAGGCACUGGGUCAGUGUUGUGAAGUUUAGUUCUCAUUGGUAAAUUAUUACUUGAUUUAUAAUCGUUAAUGUGGGACUUCUGUUAGUGAAUCACCUUAUAUGUUGACAUUAAAUUAUUGAGAUUAACUUUCACUCAUAUAUGUUUCAGUUCAAUGAAGUUGGUUUUUUCUUUUUGUCUGAUGCAGUGAUUGCCCGAUAUGGGUGGUGAGAUCCUUUGCACAUCCAUACUUUGCAACUUGAAAUGACUUGGAGCAACAUAGAUAGCUCUAUUAUUCAGUCUGUACUAGUUAAUCCAGCCAUACACUAGUGCUGCCAUCAGUUAUAUUCAUUAUAGAAACAGAAGAAUCACUCAGGGUCUUACAUAAGGCUGUUCCAAUUUUCAGAUCUUCCCCCCCACAUAGUGUGUUGUUAUGAUGGCUAUAUGUCUUUUAAAUAUCUGGCAUUUGGGACUACAUCCAAUUCUGAAUGUUAUAUAAAACUCACUGUGUCCAUGUAAUAUGUAUUAUUUGAGAACUGGAGUUGUUACAUGUCAUACUUGUUUUCUCUGACAUGCACAGUUAUACACUCUACACAUUCCCAUAAUCAUUUAUUUUUCUGGCUAUAUUGCAAAUACCAUACAUAGUGAAAUGUUAAUAUAAUAUAUAUAUUCUUUUAAUUCGCUUAGUGGGGGGUGGAGUCCAACUGGGUCCA